AGAAAAGGAGCUCUUUGCAGCUUGUCUGCUGCUGGAUUGCCGGCCAGGAGAACAAGCUGGAGAGAUGGCGAACAGGAUGCAGUCCAUGAGACAUACCCAAGAAGGAAACCAAACACUGGCAACACAUUUCCUCCUUCUAGGAUUUGGGGAUCUCCUGGGUCUGCAGAUUAUCGUCUUCCUAAUUUUUCUCAUAAUCUACAUUGUGACUAUGGCUGGAAACAUUCUCAUCAUUGUGCUAGUUGUAUCUGAUCAACAUCUUCACACCCCCAUGUACUUUUUCCUGACAAACUUGUCCUGCUUGGAGACCUGCUAUAGCUCAGCUAUUCUGCCUAGAAUGCUGGCCAGCCUCCUAACUGGGGAUAGAACCAUUUCUGUGGGGGGAUGCAUGAUCCAGUUCUGGGUCUUUGGAUUCUUAGCAGCAACUGAGUGUUACCUUCUGGCAGUGAUGUCUUACGAUCGGUAUCUUGCGGUAUGCAAACCAUUGCACUAUGUAUCCCUAAUGAACAGCCACUUCUGCGUCCAGUUAGUGCUUGUGUCUUGGCUAAGUGGCUCUUUUAUUGUCACCACAAUUUUGCUCAUAAUGUCACAGUUACGCUUUUGUGCCCCAUGUGAAAUAGACCACUUCUUUUGUGAUUUCCUGCCAUUGAUACAACACCUCUGCAGUGGUGCCCCCCUUCUGAUACUGUCUGGCUUCAUAACCACCUCUGUGUUAACGAUCCCCCCAUUCCUGCUUACCCUUACUUCUUACACAUACAUCAUCACUACCAUUCUAAGAAUCCCAUCCACUGGGGGGAGGAAGAAGGCCUUUUCUACCUGUUCCUCUCACCUCACUGUAGUCACCAUAUUUUAUGGGACGUUAAUAGUGGUGUACAUGCUCCCAAACACUAACAGAAUGAACAAAAUUGUAUCUCUCUUCUACACCAUCUUAACACCUCUAGCCAAUCCUCUUAUUUACAGCUUGAGAAAUAAAGAGGUAAGCAAAUCCCUAAGGAGAGCCAUCAGCAAAUGUGUGCGAACUCAGAAACUGACAACUUUCUAAUUAAAGUCAGUAGCCUGACAAAUGAAGCAGCACUGGUGCUUCUGGAGAGUUCCAGACCAAUGCAGCACCAUGAACCCUAUCCCAACAUUUCUUAAUCUUCAGGCAAUGGCACCACAUAUGCAAAUAAGUACCAAUUCUUCCACAUCUUCUCCAACAUUUUGGUGGAAGAGUAAUAUUAUUCCCUAUAAUCAUAAUUGUGUUCUUUGCCAUCUUAUUAUUUUAAUAUUUUGUUCUCUCAUGGAAGUUAAAGCUCUCAGAUUUCCAAAUCUCAUCCCCUGUUUCAGGACCUAAGUUAUUACCCAAAGCCAAUUCAAUUUUUCAACUUUUCCAGCUUCCCAAUAUUUUUUUACUAAUCAUUUGCAUAAAUUAGAAAUUAAUCCCUUUGUACUACAGGUACAAUUUGAUAGUUAAAUUUUCAAAUUCUGUAUAUGUUAAAUAUUUGU